AACCCCUUCUGGUGGUGGAAGGUGAAUGGAGACAACUAUCCAAACCUUCGUAAGCUCGCGCGAAAGUGGCUGGGGGCUGUAGCUACCAGCGUUCCUUCGGAGCGCGCAUUUUCAACAAGCGGGAAUAUCAUCACCGUGAAGCGUAGCUCGUUGAAGCCGACUAUGGUACGUGAUCUAGUUUUUAUGGCUGAAAACUGG